AACCGACGUGCGCCGACAUUUAACGUACGUUUUUAAUGGGUUUCAGGCAGGCUCUAUGGUUUGAGGUUUAUCGGCGCCCAUCUCUUGAGAACAAUAUGUUUUAUUACUGGAUGUAUGAUUUCUUUGCAUGCUUAUGGUUGUUGUGGAGCAUGUAAUCCGCCGCUACCAGGUGAUUUUCACGUUAUUUUUCGGCUAACUCCGCCUACUUGAACCAGAGGAGUACCCUGGCAUUAAUAUCGAGUGCAACCCCAGGAAGCAGGCUUGUGUUUACUCCGUGUAGCCUACAGUUAUUUGACAGGAAUGGCAGACGAGGCUCUGUUUGACUUUCUCCAUAUGGAGAUCGUGUCACAUGUUUACAAGGAGCAGCAAUCCAGUAAAGGGGAGAUGGACAAUAAGGACAGAGCUGCCUGUGUUUCUGUCCUCGAAAGCAUGGGCUUCAGGGUGGGACAAGGACUCAUUGAGAGGUUGACCCGGGACUCUCCCAGCUUCAAGGAUGAGCUGGAUGUAAUGAAGUUCAUCUGUAAAGACUUCUGGACAAAGGUGUUCAGGAGGCAGGUUGACAACCUCAGAACAAACCAUCAGGGUACUUAUGUUCUGCAGGACAACAAGUUUUCUCUGUUGACUCAGCUCUCCAGUGGAAAACAGUACCUGGAUCAGGCUCCUAAGUACCUCGCUUUUUCGUGUGGCGUGGUGAGAGGAGCUCUGUCUAACCUAGGUCUGGACAGCGUGGUGACAGCUGAGGUCUCUGUGAUGCCAUCCUGUAAGUUCCAGGUGGUGAUCCAGAAGUUGUGACCUGAUCCUCUCUGCUACCCUGGUGCUGAUGAACAGGGCCCUGUGGGGUUCUAUUAAUCCUAAAGAUAGGAUAGUAGUUCCUGUCCUCCCACUGAGCAGUCCAACCACAAAGGGAAUCAAAAACCACCCUGAUUUCCACAACUGGGUCAAACAGGUCUAGCCAGGUUCUGCUGACAGCAAGGUACCCCUGACAGGACAAAAGUGGUUAGCCAGGGCUUACCUUUUACCUGUGGUACUCUGAUACAGAACAAAAUCUGUUUUAUUCCUUUUGCAUCUUAAUUUUGAUAGAGAUUAUUUCUCAUUUGAGUGAAAUCAUGUAUGAUGUUCUCAUCUUUAGUUUUCACAAAAUAAGUGGAGCCUGGACUUGCCUGACCCCACUUGGCAGAGCUUUGAAAAGAAAUAUUGAGUGUCAGUGGCUGUGAAUAAUGUGAAUGUAUAGUAAAUCCCAAGGUAAUCUAAUAUUCUUUGUAAUGUGUUGCAAUGUUGAGUCCCCAAAUAGAGAGGACUGAGUGCUUAUUAAGAAAUAAUUGAAAAAGACACAAAUUGGCAGAAUCUAGGCUAAGACAUCAUUUUGGAUGAUAUUUCAGGACUAUCAACUGCCGUACCAUCUCUUUUAGCAUCCAUCCAAAUAAUAGCAAGUGAGCCUUUGAAAAUCAUUACACCUGGCACGUCAAAUUAAUUAUUCAGAAGUUGUUUCUCUGUACAGAGAAGCUGUAACCAGCUCCUGGUGCUUUGCUCUGCCUUGAAGCAGAUUGCCUUUAGGAGCUGGGAGUUUCAUGUAUGGUGAUGGUCAUUUAAAUAUAAGUUCAUUUUAAGGCAAAAUGCAAAUCUAGAAUACAGAAGUUCAUGUUUAAUUAUGUUAUGUUAUUAGGUGUGAUAAGAGUUUCUAGGCCUAGCUUUUCUACAAAAUUGAAAUUUGAAUGACAUCUAAUUUGUGAUCACUCUGUUCCUUUGUAGUAAUAUCACAUUUCAGAGUUGACUACUCAAACUGGGUUUACAGGUUAUUAUUUUUUGUACCAAAAUGUACUUUUUUUUUUUUUUUUUAGAUUUUCCUAGCAUACGUUAAGCUGCGAAGUGAUAGAAUCAUGUUGUAAAGCUUUGAAAUAAUUUCACAGGGAUUUCUGGGUUACAUUUGUUAAUGGCACCUUGCUUUGUAUAAAAAUAUCCUCAAAAAUGAGUCCUAAAACAACUGUGAGGCCAUAAGUAUGUGCUGUUUAUUUUAUUUAUUUUAUUUUCUCAACUUAAUAUUUUCUCUAAAUGUAAUAAUAAUGUUGUGAUAGGCACACCACAAAAACAAGGCCUGUUGAACAAUAAAAUACUUUACAGUGAUACCGAGAUAAAGAAAUUCACCUCUCUGGUAGAUGCUGUUGCUUCUUUGUGACACUAGAGGGACACAUUAAGCUGUCAAUACUUUACCAAUUUACCAUUUUGGCAAGUUAUGUCCAGUGUUGCCUUGUCUAUUCUACCUUGUUCUCUCAAAUCUCUAGUCUAAACCUUUUUGAUGAACUCCCAGUGUUUAUCUGGGAGAAGGAGAACCCAUAGUUGAACAAACUUGCCUGUGCAAUGCCAUGAAAAACACCCCUUGUGUAUUUAUUCUCACGAUGUUUUGUGCGAACAUUUUACACAUUUUAAAUAUGUUGUCAGUCAUCACAAUUUCUUCCAUUAAUUCUUCAAAUAUUUGUUAUUGAUACAAUUCAUCUAUAUUAACACAAGAUGUGUACACCCUUUGCACAUUCUAUUUUAUUCUAAAAAUAAUCAAAUAUUUUUUCAUAUUGACUUCAAAAAAGAAUUAAGAUCAUGUUGUAACACGACAAAUUAUGCCAAGAAUUCAAGACUUGUCCACACCUUUUCAUGGCACAUUGAAGAGAACUGUUUAGUUAUAAUGUUCUCAUAUAAAUGGAUGUGUUACUUUACCUUUUCUCUUUUUUAUUAUUCAUCUGCAUUUCACUGUGCACUAGCAACAGCAGGUCCAUUUCCCAUCAUCCCUGCUUAAGUUAUUAAUAUUUUUUCAUGUUGUUGAUCCAUAUCAAUAUCACCAUGUGAGCUUGCUAUUAAGAAUUUUUAGAAUGUGAGUAUACUGCACAUCUGAGAUAUUCAGUAUCAAAAUUGUGUCCCAGCAGGCUAAAGUGUAACUUCAGUUUUCAAGAAAACCAUUGUCAAUCUGAGUUCUAAAUUAGUGUUUGCAACAAGCUUACCCAGGUUCAGUCAAAUCCAUCAUCAGAUUUGGUACAAUAUUUUACACUUUAGAUAUCAACCCUCUGAAUUUUCAUUAUAGUUACAUUUUGGUAUGGCACCACAGUGACUUUUAUUUUUUGUCUCUGCUGUAAUAAAGUACCCCUGACGGUGUUCCAGUAUUCCACUGCCAUCAGUGUAAUAGUUUUACACAAUAAAGGUCAUUACAUGUAACGGUA